AUGUCAGUCACCAAGUUUCUCAAGGAGCAUGGCCAGGACGUGGCGGUGCUCCCAGGUCCGCCGGCGGUGGAGAAGAAGAAGGUGUACACAUCCAUCGCCAGCUGUGUGGCAGCGCUGGACUUGGCUACCACGUUCGUGAUGAAGUCGGGGGUCAUCAUCGCGGACAGUACUGAUCACUGCGCGGUUGACAAAGUCUCAGACGGCGUUGGUGACAGGGAGGACAGGCGGAUUUGUUCGGUGGACAUCAUUGGUCUCAUGGGCACCUUGAGCUUGGCCAUCCGCUUCUAUGCGCUGGCCGCCAACAGCUGCGUGGAGAUCGUGGGCGACUCCGUGCCCUCCGCCUGCGCCGCCGCCGGCGCGGGGCUCUCCGCAGGCGUCUUCGCCACGGUGGCGCCGGCCAUGAACCUCCAGGCCUCCUGCGAAAAAGCGUUCGCCCUUUGGGAUCCCGACACCUGGCCGAGCGACCAGAACCUUCGCCAGAGCGCCACAAAGCAGGCGCCGAAGGUUCAGCCGGAAGACCAGGGCUUCACCGUGGUUGCGGAUCCUUGA